AUGAGUGAAACAACGAAAGAGCUGUUAAAUCAUUUAUAUGAACACUCUUGUGGUUUACAUAAUGAAAACAUUCAUGCUGAACUGGAUUGUUUUGUGAAACAAUUAGACUCUGAUAUUAGUCGUCGAUACUCAAGUCAAGCAUCAGAUAAAUUAAGUAAUCAAAUAGAAGAUUGUCGAAAACGUGCAAAAGCGACAGUACAACAGUACAAACUUUAUUUGAACGAAGAUUUAUCUCAUCAUCAAUUGGAAUUAUGCUUUGAUAGUUUGAUGCUAGAUAUUGAUAACAUAUUUACUCACAUGUUAUCUAUUUUUAUUAGCAUGAAUGAAGAAAUUGAUGUUCUCCGAAAACAGGUUUCUGAACUAGUAACAGAAACUGGUUGUUUUAAAGAAAAAAUAAGCAAUUUAGAAAAGCGUCAAAUAAGUAAUGAUCGACAAAUUUUUAUUCGCGAGCUUUUCAGCCAUGCAAGAACAAUUUUGAUUGCAUUAUUACGUAAGGCAAAAUUACCGGUUUGUUAUGUUAACGCUAUUUAUGAUACAAAGAUUGAUAUUCAACAUUGGAACCAAACAAAUUCGUUUUUAGCACAUGCAAUAAAAAUGGUAGCUAACAAAUUCGGUUUAACUGUAGCUGAAUUACUUGGAUACUUGCGUAGUAAACGAAAUUCUAAUUCAACAUUUCAUUGUAAUAAUGAAAUGCAAGACUAUGCUAGAAAGCACGUUACUGACCGAGAUUAUGAUCUACGAAAAUUUCUGGAAGAAGAGGAACUUUUCGUUGAUUUAAAUGUACUGGAAUUGAAAACGCUACAAACCGUUUUUGAAAAAGUAUGCCAAAUAUACAAUGAUGAUAGUUGGUUUUGUAUUUUUAGUGCUGAAGACAACACACAACAUUUACAAAUCAAUGAUCACGUCAAGGUGAUAUAUGAGGAUGGAAUGCUAUACAAUGCGACAUUAAUUCGCUUUGAUAAAAAAACAAACAAGUACAAAAUCCAUUAUGAAAAUCGACAAUAUGGAUAUGAUUGGAUUAUAGCUGAACGCAUACUAAAAAUAUAA